GGGUGAGCAACUCUUAGAUGCAACUUAUUAUCAGGGACUUCAUUCAGCUGGGAGUGGUUUGCUCAAAGUUGAGCUUACAUUUCCUUGUUCCCUCGCUCUCAGAUUGAUGAGUUUGAUGAUGGGAGGAGCUCAGACUCUCUCCUCUUUCCAGGAAGCAAAAACUCAGACAGACAUUGUGACUAAGCAGUGAAAUGGCGGGAGUUCAGCUGCAAAGAGAAAGCUUCUCUUGUUCGAUCUGUUUGGAUCUUCUGAAGGAUCCGGUGACUCUUAACUGUGGACACAGCUACUGUAUGAACUGUAUUAAGGACCACUGGGACUCAGAGGAGCAGAGGAGGAGCUACAGCUGCCCUCAGUGUAGAGAGGCCUUCACACUGAGGCCUUCACUGAAGAAAAACACCAUGUUAGCAGAUUUAGUGGACGAGCUGAAGAAGACUGGACUGAAGGCUGCUCCUGCUGAUCACUGCUAUGCUGGAGCUGAAGAUGUGGCCUGUGAUGUCUGCAGGAAGAGGAAACUAAAAGCUCUAAAGUCCUGUUUGGUUUGUUUGGUCUCAUACUGUGAGGAACAUCUCGAUUCUCAUUAUCAAUCACCUGCAUUUAAGAAACACAAGCUGGUGGAGCCCUACAAGAACCUCCAGGAGAACAUCUGCCCUCAUCAUGAUAGGGUGAUGGACUUGUUCUGCCGCACUGAUCAGCAGUGCAUCUGUUAUCUCUGCUCUGUGGAAGAACAUAAAGACCAUGACAAGGUCUCAGCUGCAGCAGAGAGGACGCAGAAGCAGAGAGAGCUGGAGCUGAGUCUAGAGGAAGUCCAGCAGAGACUCCAGGACAGAGACGUGAAGGUGCUUCAACAGGAGGUGGAGGCUUUCAAUCUCACUUUCUCUGCUGAUAAAGCCGUGAAGGACACAGACGAGAUUUUCACUGAGACGAUGCGUCUCCUGCUGAGCAGUAGCUCUGACGUGAAGCAGCAGAUCAGAUCCAAGCUGGAAACUGAGGUGAGUCAAGUCAGAGACGCCGAGGAGAAGCUUCAGCAGGAGAUCACUGAGCUGAAGAAGAGAGAAGCUGAACUGAAGCAGCUCUCGCUCACACACGACCACAACCAGUUUCUCCUCAACUACCGCUCACUGUCAGCACUCAGUCCAUCGACACACUCGUCCACCACCCACGUCUUUCCUCUGAGACGCUUUGAGGACGUGGCGGCAGCUGUGGCAAAGUUCAGAGGUCAACUGCAGGACGUCCUGACCGAGAUGUGGACAGACAUCUCACUGGCUGUGGCUGAAGUAGAUGUUUUACUGGCAGAACCAGAACCAAAGACCAGAGCUGAAUUCAUCAGAUAUUCACAGGAAGUCACACUGGAUCCAAACACAGUAAACAAAUAUCUGUUAUUAUCUGAGGAAAACAGAAAAGUCUCAUUAAUGAUGGAAAAACAGUCUUAUCCUCAUCACACAGACAGAUUCACUGAUGUGUGUCAGGUCCUGAGUAAAGAGAGUCUGACUGGAUGUUGUUACUGGGAGGUGGAGUGGAGAGGAACAGGAGUUGAUAUAGCAGUGGCGUACAGCAGAUCAGGGAGUUCACAUAAAUGUGGAUUUGGAUUCAAUGACAAGUCUUGGGCUUUAGUUAGUAACCACAACGGUUGCGUUUUCCGUCACAACGGUAACAGCGUUAAAGUAUCGGAUGGUUUGUCCUCCAGAGUGGGAGUUUACCUGGACUACAGAGCAGGUCUUCUGUCCUUCUACAGGGUCUCUGACACCAUGACUCUGCUCCACAGAGUCCAGACCACGUUCGCUCAGCCUCUCUGUGCUGGAGUCUGGCUUUAUCCUUCACCUGGAGUCACAGCAGAGUUCUGUAAACUCAAGAUAAGAGCAGUGAGUUAAACUCUUUGUGUAUCGAUGUGAUCGUGGUGAUAAACCAUGAGACUGAGACUGUGAAACCAAAUGAGAAAGAAAAACAUGAUCUAUCAUAAUAGUAAAAUGAAAGUUUAAUUAAUGAUAAUAAUAUUAAUAAUAAUUAAUGCAUCAUUCUUAUUUUGCCUUACCAUGUCUGAGUUUGAUCAACUCCAAAGAACUGUAUAAAUGAAGAGGAUUGAUUUGUAAUUCAUGAGUGUGAACAAUUCUUGUUGAGCGAUUUUGUUCCAACGUGAAAUUAGAGAGUUUCUUGGGCAGAUGCUGUGGUUAUGAAGUGUGGGGAGAAAAUCAAUAUAAAAUAACGACCCAAACAGUGAGUAAACAUCCUGAUUUUUAUUUGCUAAUACAAUGGUUAGUAUUUGUUCAUACAUGUCAAAAGAACCAUUAAAUACAUCAUCUGUC